CCCACGUCGCUGCCGCCGGUUCCCACCACCACCGCUCCCGCGGCGGCGAUGGCGACGCAGGCGGAGCUCGAGGCGGCCGUCGCCGCGCUCCCGGCCAAGAGGCGCCGCCUCCGGGAGGCCUUCGACCGCCUCGCCGCCUGCUCCCCGGUCCCCGUCCCUUUCCGCUGGGAGGACCUCGACGCGCACCUCGCCUCCGUCGCCGCCCGCUUCGGCCAUUUCGAGCCCGGCCCCGAGCUCGACUCCCCCCACGCCGCGGACGUAGCCGCUGCGAGCCCGGCCACCACUGGUAACUUCGUCGAGCACCUGGAGGAGGAGCAGGAGCAGGACCGGGAACGCCGCGGCGAGCGCGGAGCGUGGGCGGAGGGACAAGGAAGCAAUGCGGAGGAAGGGGAGGAGGGCCAGAACGCGUCCCAUGACCGGGAACGCGGGGUGGAUGAGGGGGAGGUCCGGGAGGCAUCCAGUGCGCGUCCCGACGGCGACCGAGAAGGUGACGAAGCGGGGAACGAGAAGGCGGCGCAGGUGGCGAUCGAGGCGUCUCCGGAGCGAGACGAGGAGGCGGAGGACGAUGCCAUGGGCGCGACCGCGGCGUCUCCCCGCCAAGGCGACGGCGAUAUCGACAUGAUGAUGGAGGAGGCGGAGGAGGCAGUGAACGCGAGCGCAGACCGAGACGGCGUCGAGGACGACGAGCCGGAGGAGGGGGAGCUGCCGCGUCAGCGUGCCACAGCCGUCGGCGGCGCAGAGGCGGCCCCGAUGAGAGCCGUCGCGGCGGACCCCUCCGCGCUGGUGGGCUUGCUGUGCCUGAGCGGCAGGAGCUCCCUCCGCGCGCGGGGCGAGUUCCUCCCGACGCUGCUCGGCGCCGCGGACCCGCACGCCCUCCUCGUCCGCGCCGUCGGGGAAUUCCUGGCAUCAGCGGUGCGCAAGACGAACAGGUUAUGGGAAAACUGCGUCGCGCUGAUCGAGUGCGCGCCGCGCCUCGCCGCGCCGUCGGCGGACGCGCUGGUGAAGGCGGAGCGGGUGGCGAGGGACUGGAAGGAGAUGGUGGUCGGGAAGCCAUGGAGUUGCGGGGACAUGAGCCGGAUGGCCGGAUGGGGCCUUCUCACCUUCGUUGCUUCGUACAACAUUGCCCUGGAGUUCGAUGAUGACGAGAUCACCUGUCUCUUUGGCAAUCUCGCUCCCCAGAUGAAGAACAACUGCGUUGAGCUCUGCGAGCGUCUUGGCCUGAUCGAGAAGAUGACUGAUUCAAUCAAUCAUUUCAUUGAAAAUGGGCAGCCACUUGAUGCUAUCAGAUUGGCACAUACUUUCAAUUUGACUCACAAAUAUCCUCCACUUACCAUCAUGAAAGAUUAUGUUGAGAAUGCCAAGAAGACUGCUGAAGACAUACUAAGCAAAGAAAGCUACACACUGGAGUCUCUGAAUCAAGUGAUGGCAAAGAAGGUCAAUGCUCUAAUAUUUUCUUGGAGUGCAAUUGAUGGGUGCAAUAUAGAUGCUGCCCAUCGUAAUAGCAUCAAGGCAGAAAUUACCUGCUUGUUACACAAGUAUGCAAACAAGCAGCAAAGUCUAGCAGGUGUUUCAGCUUUCAUUUCAAGCACACAUCAGCAGCACAAUUUAGAAGAGCAGUAUCACGAGCAGCUACAAAUGCCACUAGAGCAGCAGCAGCAACAGAAAAGGCCACAAGAGCUGCACCAAAUGCCAGAAGAGGAGCAGCAGCAGCAGAAGCCACAUGAGAUGCAGCAACAGCACCCUCAAAAUCGACAAGAACAAGGGUGGGUGUGGCAAAACCGAAAAGGGAGAAAAAAGAAUAAUAAGAAUCGCAAGAGAAGUCAACGCAGGCAGAGACAGCAGGAACGGAAUAAACGCCCGAGGCUAUCUUCAUAUGUCAGGCCAGGAAUUCACAAUCAGUGUGGCCAACCAUUUUCAGGAACUCAAAGAGCGCCAUUCACAGCCCGUACCAGAGCUCCUCCAUAUUUUGGUCCGUAUGACCGUUCUCAGCCUUGACGUACCAGUGUUCCGUCAUUGAAACUAGAGUGGUAGUAAUAGUUUUAAAAAAAAAAACUAGAGUAGUAGCUGGCGAAAUGAUCGUAUCGUGGGCCUGUUCGCUUCAGCUUAUAAGCCGGCUGAAAAGCUGAAAUGGCUGAUUUGUUGUGAGAGGAAAACACUGUUUGGUGGCUGAUAAGCCAGCUGAAUAAGCUGAAGCGAACAGGCCGACGCGUUUUCCUGAACUGAUCGUCGAAAAUAGAAGAGAAAGUUGUUCA